AUGUCAGCCAGCAAACAAAAUCAAGAAUGCGUGCCACCUUGCCGUUGUGAAUAUAAAGGUCGGUCGGCAACGCAUUCGCAACUCCGCUUAUUCCCUCUACGACCGCAACACGCCGGCGUGUCAGUUAACAAUAGAUUUCUUAGAAUUUUAAAUAAUUUCUUAAAAAUUUACCUGGAGGUGAUAAUGUUACUGAUAUCUGUGAGAGACGAUAGCCACUUACCAUCAGAUACCAACCUGAUGGUUCAAAGAUGGUUAGACGUCCACGAAAAAUAUUUCACAGGUCAAUACAAAUCAAUACAAGUACCUCUAACAACUCAUGUCGCCCACCGUACAAAUCAACCCAGUCAAAUGAAUUACUACUACAGUCAGCCUAUACAAUACACCAGCCGAGUUGUGCAAAUGCCCAGAACCCUACAAGCUCCUCAUAGGAUUUCUCCUAUGAAACCUAUUUAUGAU